AUAGCACUGGCUCACAGUUUUAGCGGAACUGGUGCUUGUUGACAUUCCCACAGCUCUGGUAUGCCCGUGUGGAGGCUUCUCUGAAGGGAUAACGUGGUCUCACCCAACCGCCAGGCUCCACUCAUGUCUCCUCACUUUCUUGCAUCGUCAUCAUCAUCAUCUUUCGGGCUAAUGCUGUGUUUCCUGGUCAGUGUCUUCCUGCUGCUGUCCUCAGGGGUCCAUGCACAAGGUCGUCUUAAGCUGACGGUGCUGUCUGAGGACAGACUGCAGAUGAAAUGGAAGGAGGCUGACGGACCCGUCCAGGGCUACAAGGUCCGAGUGAAAACCAUCUCAGAGGUGCCACAGCCAGAGCUGAUGCUGACCACCACACGGGGCAGGGCGACGGUGGCAGGACUGGACUCCAGUCAGGAAUACGCCCUCCAAGUCCUCGUGCUCAAUGGGACGACAGAGAAAGUUCUCGCAAAACGACGAUUCACCAUGGAGGGUCUGCGGGAAGAGGAAACGAUCCGCAGCGGUAGUCGAGAGCAGAAGAAGAAGACGUUGCCAGGCGGGUCAGGGUCAGGAGAACUGGACGAGGCUCUGUUGGGCCUGCCGACGAUUCUGUAUCCGGACCCCACCACCGCUGCUGCUGCUAUUACAGAGCCCCCAGCAACAGAAACCCCCUCUCAGCCCCCUGAUGAAGCCAAAGAGAAAACCACCAAGAGGAAGAGGAAGAAGGAAAAAGAGCGGGAUCGUUCUAAAGUGGAGAAUAAGGAGGAGCAGGGGACAACACAGGGCAAAGCAGCCGAGGAGAAACCCCGAAAGACACCCUUCACUACCCAACCGGUGACAGGUACGUCUCCAAGGAAACCAUUUGAGUGUGACAGCGAUGCAGCGGCAGACAUCAUGUUGUUGGUGGACGGCUCCUGGAGCAUCGGACGCACCAACUUCAGACGGGUCAGAGACUUCCUGGAGGGCCUGAUGACACCCUUCCACAUCGGGCCGGACCACGUUCAGAUCGGUCUGACCCAGUACAGCGGAGACCCCCGCACAGAGUGGCAGCUCAACAACUUCACUACAAAAGACCAGCUGCUGGAAGCAGUGAGGAAUUUCAGAUAUAAGGGAGGAAACACAUUUACAGGCCAGGCGCUGCUCCAUGUCAUGGAGGAGAACAUGAUGGCUGAGGCAGGCGCGAGGUCGGGCGCACCCUUUUUCCUGGUCUUGUUGACCGAUGGGAAAUCUCAGGAUGACGCCAUUGCCGCAGCAAACCGACUGAAGAGUGCCGGCGUGGAAAUCAUCGCUGUAGGUGUAAAGAAUGCCGAUGAGGCCGAGUUGAGACAAGUGGCGUCGGAGCCGGUGGAUCUGAACGUCUACAAUGUCAACGACUUCCCUCUGCUCAGCAAACUGGUGGCACGACUGGUUCACAUCCUGUGUGGGAGGAUACAGGACCGUGGCAUCUCAAAACGAAUGGAGCCUGGGCCCACAGCUGACCCAGCCCUCUCCUACCCAAGUCCCACUGAUCUCCGCUUCUCUGAACUGGGCUCCAGAGAAGUCAAGCUCCACUGGACCAAUCCCGCGAAGCCAGUCCAACAGCACAGAGUUGUCUACCACAGCGCCGAGGGUCAGAGUCCACAGGAGGUGGUAUUGGCCGGCUCAGAGUCCACUGUGCUGCUGGAAGGCCUGUCCUCUCAGACACUGUACCACGUGUCCAUCUUCCCUGUGUAUGAAGACAAUAUUGGCCUGGCGCUUAGAGGAACUGUCACUACAUUGCCCCUGGCCAUGCCCGCCAACCUGGAGGUGACUCCUUCCUCUUACAGCAGGCUGAGGGUGAGUUGGGACACAGCUACCGGUGCAACACAGUACAUGAUCCUGUACUCAGCACUCAACCACGGGGAGCCUGAUGACGCCAAGGAGGAGAAAUUCAGUGCAGACCAGACGGCGGUGGAGCUGGCAGGGUUACUGCCGGCAACAGACUACUCCGUCACUCUUUAUGCUCUGUAUGAUGAGGAUCCCAGCGACCCUGUCACUGCUGUCGCCACCACAUUACAUCUCCCACCGCCAGCGAGCGUUCAGUUCCCGGUGGUCACCCACAGUAUGAUGAGGGUGAGCUGGGUGCCCGGAGCUGUGGAUGUCCCUGGCCACAGAAUCACCUACAGCACCAACCACGGCAGUGACGUCAAGCAGGUGGAGGUAGCAGGACUGAGCUCAGUGGUGGUGCAGAACCUCUCUUCCCUCUCCAGAUACCUGGUUUCAAUCCAGUCUCACUACCCACUGGGCCUGUCUGCAGCACUCACCAGUAACGUCACCACACUGAAGGUGCCUUCCCCAUCAGACCUCAGGGUGACUAAUUUCUCAGGCAGUGACAUCACCGUGCGCUGGGAGGCUGCAGCUGAUGAUGUCGUCUCUUACCUCAUCAAGUGGAUCUCCCUCAGUGGAGGAGACCUGAGACAGCUGAGGGCGAGUGGUGAGAGUGUAGGGGCGAUCCUGGAGGGGGUGGAGGACGAUAAGGAAUACCAGAUCUCUUUGUCUGCGCUUUAUGGAGAUGGAGCUCAGAGUGAAGCUGUGGCCACACGCUAUAGCACUUUGUCUGGUGGAGGCCCAUCCAGCAUAUCAGUCACCGAGGAGACAGCCGUCAGCCUGGUGGUCAGCUGGGUACCUCCGAACGCUCACGUGCUCCAGUAUCGCGUUACCUACACUGCACUGACUGCAGCUGAAUCCCAGGACAACACUGUGUUGGUCCCAGGUGGUGAAAAGCGGGUGUUGCUAGAGGCGUUGCAGCCAGAUACUCGUUACAGCAUCCUGGUCACCGCAGAGUACCGCAACAGAGAAGGAGGCAGCGGUUCUGCUCAGGGCAAAACCACAAGUCUGCGGGUCAGCAGUGUGAGUGUGGUCAGGUCAGACCACUCCAGUAUCUGUGUGUCUUGGAGGCCCGUGUCUGCUGUUGAUGGAUAUCAUAUUGUCAUCCAGUCCGUCAAAGACAAGCAAGCAAAGGAAGAAACUGUGGAUGAGUCCAGCAGCAGUCACUGCUUCACUGAUCUGGAACCAGAGACUUUGUAUCGCAUCAGCGUGCACUCUCUUCUCGGCUCAGCAGAGGGCGCCGCCGUCUCCAUUCUCCACCCAACAGCCACAGCUCCUGUCAGAAUUCCCAUCCAUCCCUGGAUGUACCCCAUCCACAACGAAGUCUGCCCUGAAGUCACCAUCAGAAACAACAUUGUUAAAGGAUUUGACAUGAUGGAAGCCUUCGGGCUGACUAAGAGAGCUCACUCGUCUGUGGAGGGCGUGGCGGCCGAGUCCUUUGUUUUCAACACCCUCCCCACCUACACUCUGUACAGAGACGUCCAGCUGACACAGAGCACCAAGUUCAUCCACCCUGCAGGUUUUUCUCCAGAACACACCAUCAGCAUCGCCUUCCGGGUUCUACAGGAUACUCCCCGAGAGCCCUUCGCCCUCUGGCAGCUCACUGACAACGACUUCCAGCCCAAGAUGGGGGUGGUGCUCGACCCUACCACCAAGCAUCUGAUGUACUUCAGUCUGGACUACAGGGGAGAAGUGCAGGAGCUGACCUUUGACCAGCAGCAGGUCCACCGGCUGUUCUAUGGCAGUUUUCACAAGGUACACCUGUCGGUCAGCCAGGUGAGUGUUUCCCUGUCUGUGGACUGCCAGCGUGUGGGUGAGAGACCUGCCCGCCCGCUAGGCAGCCUGCCAACAGACGGCUUUGAGAUGCUGGGAAAACUGGUGAAGACCAGAGGACCCAGUAGUGGAUCAGCACCGUUCCAGCUGCAGUCCUUUGAGAUCGUCUGCAACACCACCUGGGCUUCAGAGGACACCUGCUGUGACCUGCCCGGAGUGAGCGAUGAGGAGAGCUGUCCCGCCCCGGCGUACGCCUGCACCUGCUCCUCCGACGUCCCCGGAGCCUCCGGUUCCCCUGGACCAACUGGAAAGCCAGGUCCUCGGGGAGAGAAAGGCAACAAGGGAGAGCAAGGCCAAAAGGGGGAGGUGGGUCCUUCAGGAAAGCCUGGAUUUGAGGGAGGUCUUGGACCCCUGGGCAGCAUAGGGCCCCGAGGCAUAGCCGUGCAGGGUAAAGCGGGUCCACCUGGUGCAAGAGGGGUAAAGGGAGAUCCUGGGCGACCAGGGGUCCAGGGUUUACCAGGACCUCCAGGUCCAAAAGGAGAGGGGGGGAUUCCAGGCCCUCAGGGCAUUAGGGGGCUCGAGGGAAACAUCGGUGGACCCGGCGUUACUGGACCCCGGGGUUUCCAGGGAAUGCCCGGACACCCGGGGCCUUUAGGGGACAGGGGCUUCUCAGGACCUGUGGGACCUACGGGUCUGCCAGGAGGUAAAGGAGAGCGAGGAGAGAAGGGGGAACCUCAGUCUAUGGCCAUGAUCUACCAACUGGUCACACAGGCCUGUGAGCAGCUAGUGCAUAAUGAGGUGUUGAAGCUCGACAUGUUCAUUACCGAGAUGAGUCGUAAGCCUGCACCUAUUGAGGAGCCGGUGGGGCCCCCCGGGGAACCUGGUAUACCGGGGCCCAGGGGCCCACCGGGCGACAGGGGUACCCAGGGUCGUGUCGGCACAAGGGGGAAUCUCGGCAGGGGUGGAUAUCCAGGAGAACAAGGAAGAAGAGGUAUGCCAGGGGGGAAAGGUGAUGCAGGGCCCAAUGUCCAGGGGCCCAUAGGGGUCAAAGGAUUUGCAGGUCCUCCAGGUGAGUCCAAGCUGGGGAGCAACGGUUCCAAAGGAGACGACGGUACGCAGGGACCCCCAGGGAUCCCCGGACCUCUUGGACAGCCAGGCGAGGGCGGACCACCGGGUGCGUGUGACAGCAGUGGAGGCUGCCAGCGGGUUCCCCAGCAAACAGAAGAUCCUUAUUAUGGCUACCAGCCCUGAGUGGAUAUUAACAAGCAGGCAGCAACGCUAAGGUGAUUGAGGUUGGUUUGAAAUGACUAUGGUUCCUUUGGAACUGAAUGGCAAACGAGGACUGGAGCGGAAAAAACGCUCCACUGAAGAGGUUUGCCGUGAUGAACUGGCCACUGACUGAUGCGGAAGCUUGACAAGCUUCAUCAUGGAAAAGGAAACUAAAGAGGAAGGAUUUCUGUUGGUCCUUGUGUGAUUUUAAAAUGACAGAAAUGAACCAAGAAUAAGUAGGAAGCUUUCUAAUAUAGAAUAGUGUUCAGAUAGAUACAGAUAGCAUCAUAAAGGAAAUAUUUUUGGGGGGAUCAGUCAAAUGUUGUCUUAUACACCAUAUUCGCACUGAAACUUUGUACUACUAUGUUUAUGUAUCCAUGCACUGUGUCAAUGCCAAGUAGUUUAGCCAUUUGUGUUACAUUUCUACAUAUUUCUUUUGGCAUUCUAACCUUAACUGCCUCAAUCUUAAUGAAAAUGCAUAAUCCAUGGUGUAAAAGCCUCAUUUUGUUCUGUGGUAUAAACGAUACUGUGAGAAUGUCUGUUGUCUUGUUUAUGAUGAUUUGUUUAUUGUUUAUUAUAUUUACUGUAUACAGUUAUUCAUUUAUGAUAUUUUAUACUGAAACUUUUUGUAUUGAAAAUUCAUGUUUACAUUUUCUGGUUUCAAUGGGGUUUAGGUGAUAUACAAUACAUGGUGUGUGUGUGUGUGUGUGUGUGUGUGUGUGUGUGUGU